GCGGGCUCGCUGGGGCGAUGGAGGGGCUGCGCCGCGUCCUGCUGCUCGGCGAGGGCAACUUCUCCUUCGCGGCCUCCCUCUGCGGGGCGGCGGGGACCCGCGUCGUGGCCACUUGCUACGAGAGCGAAGAGGAGGUGCGCGGGCGGGGGCGGGCCGCGGAGAGCAUCCGGCAGCUGCGGGAGGGAGGAGCUGAAGUUUUGUUUUCUGUGGACUGCACCAAGCUGACGGACUAUUUUUCACCAGAAAAAAGAGAAUUUGAUUGUAUUUAUUUCAACUUCCCUCACUGUGGGAGAAAAGCUGGAGUGGUCAAGAACAGAGAGCUUCUUGCCCACUUUUUCCAUAGCGCCGCAGAAGUGCUGUCAGAGGAGGGAGAGGUCCAUGUGGCUCUUUGCAAUGGACAGGGUGGGACACCUGCUGAUCAGCCAAGGAGAGAAUGGCACAACAGCUGGCAAAUAGUGGCCGUGGCAGCAGGAGCUGGAUUUAUCUUGAGUAAUGUUCAUCCUUUUAAAGCAGAGACUAUCCGUGGAUAUAAGUGUACAGGCUACAGGAGUCAAGAUAAAUCUUUCUGUAUAGAGGGUGCUUUAAACCACGUUUUCACACGAAGCACAUCACUUCCAUAUUUCAAACCUGUGAUCUGCGAGAUAGAACUGGAAAGCCGAAAAGUUUCUUUCCAAGUACCGCAGGUACUUGUGGAUAAAAUUAAUAGGGGUUUCCUAGAACUAAAUUCAAAUCAUCCAGUACGGACAGUAAAGGAGAAGCUCACUGCAGAGCUCAGCCAAGCCUUUCCAUUACAAAACAUUGACUACUGCCUUCCUGUGCUCCACCAAGGUCACCUCAAUGGUAUUUGUCACUCAAAUAUCUUUUGGAUCAUUGUGAGUCCAGAAGAAACUCCAAGCACUGGAGAAAUGUCUAAUGGAGUGGCAAAUGCAGUUUUAUUUUCCCAUGUUGAUUUUUGCAGGGGCACAGAUAAGAAUGGCUGGGUGAAUGUACAAGAGGAAUGCCACGUUUCCAAACAGUAUUAUCUUAGACCCUCCCUUCUACCUUAUGCUCAGGCAAUAAUACAAAGAGGAGCCUUUGUCCCGGGGACACUUCAUGUUCUUUCUGGCCCAGUUUUCAGGAAGUGUCUUAUCACUCCUUACUCUAUGCCUGUUUUUCAUGAGGUGGUUUUUGUAUGUGCAGUUGACAGGGAUACAGAGAACAGCUGUAUCCAGAUGUUGGCGAAUAGCAUCAAAACCAGCAUACAUUGUCUUCACCAGACUGUUUCCGGCUUUGAACUGAGUAUCAGUCUGCAGGAAGCAGAAAGAUUUGAAACAAUUGACCUGAGUGACUUUGCUGCUUUUGAAUCUCAUCUUAGUAAAAUUCAGUACUUCAUCUGUAUGGAGAUAAAUACUUCAGGCUCCUGUGAGAAGGGCUCCUGUGUGGGAGUUAUAAGGACCGAACUGGUAAGCAGUGAGUUAGUGGUUGUCUUUGCUUCGUUGAAUCUUGACCUCCUAGCCAUGUUGAUAUGUGGAAUAUCUGACUGGCGAAUGCUCUGGACAUCAGACACACGAUUCCUCCGUCAAUUUCCUAGAGGAGAGUUAAGACUUUUCAAGAGUUUCUCUCUCUAUCCACCUUCCUAUGUGCACGAUGUCAGCUUUUGGGUUCCUGAUGGGGAACAAUUUGAUGAGGUUGCUUUUCACACCAUUGCUAGGCAGGUGUCGGGUGAAAUGGUUGUAUCCAUCCAGUUAAUCGACAGUUUCCAGCAGUCAGAGACAGCAAGGAAAAGUCUCUGCUACAGGCUGACCUUUCAGUCCUGUGACAAGGCACUGAGCCGCCAGGAGGUGGCAGAGAUGCAGCUGCUCUUUCGGAAGGAAAUAAACGAACGCCUGCGGGUAACUCUUCGGUAGGGCACUGUAGGUUGUUCUCAGGUGCUCAAGCAGCAUCUGCACUUGUUGCUGAUCUGGAAAAUGUGGCCUAUAUCUUGUUGGGCCUAACGCCGUGGGUUACUGCAGUGCCUCCUAUGAAGGCAGUGGGGACUUCAAGUACCUGUGCAUGUUCCAAAUGUGGAAAUUCCUGUUAAAGAAGACCAAGCACGUUCCUGUUCUCUGUGUGUGUCAUGAAAACUCACUUUUUAAAGCGGAGCCUUUCUUUGCUAGGGUCCUGUGAGACUGGACUUGAUCUCCUUGCUGGUUCCAAUGGACUUUUCCUACUCUGGCUUGUGUUUGCCCGGUACCUUGUACUGGUGGUGGCUGCAUCCAAUCCGCCGGGCGACGGAGGGCCUUUCCCCUUCCCAAGGGCUGUCUGAGCGCCGGGAACUCUGCGCCGGUGUUCGGAGCCCCCCCCCCGACACCUACGGGCCGGAGCCGCCCGGACGGUCCCGCUGCGGGGCGAGGCAGGGGGCGCGAGGCCGCGGCAGGCGCCGGUCACGU